AUGACAGCCGGCAUGGUUUUUGUCUGGGUUCAUAAAAUGAUUCAAGCAGAUGUAGUACGUACAAUGUAUACCCUAGACUGUAAAUAUGUAGAAAACCUCGUAUGGUUCAAAAAAUCAGUUAAUAAUGUACAUUUAGAUGAGCCUAGCCCAUAUUUCAGCUCAACGAAAGAGAUUCUGCUUAUGUUUAAAAAGGUCAGUGGCGAUGGCUUCGAAUUACGACAUCAGCGUUCUCCUGACGUUAUUAUUGACUUUCAAAGGCCAGUUACGGAGUGGAUCGAUGAUGAAUAUACGGAACCGAAACCGCCUGGAGUGUAUGAGAUGAUAGAAACGUUGCUACCAAAAGCAGCUUUUGAUGAGAAAAUAGGUAGAGGCCGAUUUUUGGAGCUAUGGGGCAAAAAGAAUUCCCUGAGAAGAGAAGGCUGGAUUACCUUCCAUGAAAAUAAGAUCAGCCACCCAAUAGUAAAACCAGAAAUUAAGCAAGAGCCUGUAGAUGUUUUAAUCAAAAUGGAACCAAUGGAAGAAUAA